AUGCCCAACUUCUUCUGCAAUCUAGCAGAUCCCGACUAUCCAUACCCUUACUGUAUCAACUUUUCAGCCGCCAUCGCGUUUUCGGUCCUGUUUGGCCUCUCAACCAUCCUCCAUUUCGCGCAAGCCAUAUACUUCCGGAAAAGAUUCUGCUGGGUCGUCGUCAUGGCUGGACUGUGGGAGACGACCAGCUACAUUUUUAGAGCCCUGUCGGCUUACGACAUCAGCCCGCAAGGUUUUGGUAUCCCGUCCCAACUUCUGGUUCAGCUGGCACCACUUUGGAUCAACGCCUUCGUUUAUAUGGUCUUUGGACGAGUCGUUUAUUAUUUCUUACCGGAUAAGAGAGUGGGUCAUUUGAGUGCGCACGUUUUAUCGGUCAUCUUCGUACUCCUAGACGUCAUGUCAUUUCUUAUACAAGGCACGGGCGCGAUUUUGGCGCAAUCUGGGUCGGACGCUCCGAAACUCAAGGUCACAGGUUUUCACGUUUACCAAGGCGGCGUCGGCGCGCAGCAAUUCUCCAUCGUGCUCUUCAUUGUGUUGGUCAUCAGGUGUCAAGUGAAACUGAAAGCCUUGGAAAAUGAGGGUCAACGGCAUAGGGAAACUAGUUGGAGGAAGGCACUUUUCCCGAUUUAUGGUGCACUCCUGCUGAUCACUAUUCGGACUAUCUACCGUCUGACCGAGUUCGCUGGGGGUUUUGACUCCGGGAUCUCUAAGAAUGAACCAGCAUUCUAUGCUCUCGAGGCCACAAUGAUGAUAAUUUGUAUGAACAUCUUCAACAUAUGGCACCCCGGUGCUGUCCUUGUAGGCCAAGGAAGCGAGUUCAAAAAGAAGGACAAGAAGUCGAAGAGCAAGAAGUCGAAAGAUACGGAAGUGGCUGCUUCGGACGAGCAGGGAAUCGCGCUGACAGAGGUCAGACCAAGCUCUCAAGAUAUCGAUAUCGAGUCAUCUCCAUCGUUUUCCAAGCCCGAAAGAAGACCUUCUGAUUUGGACCCGGUUAUAACGCCUUCCAUGGUCGAUACACCAUACCAAAACCCCCCUUCGUACACCCAUGAUCAUGGUUCCCAUACAUCCCGUGGAGCGGGAUGGGAUAAGGGAUAUUACCACUAG